AUGGCGGACAAGCUGGACCGCAGCCUUGACGAGAUCCUUGGCGAGAAGAAGAGCGACGGCCCUCGCAACAACCGUGGAAACGGUAAAGGUGCCCCCCGAAGACGCGAACGCGAACGCCAGGAAUAUCCUCGCGACGGCGUUAGAAAGUCCUUCCGUGACGAGCCUAGAAACCUCGAUAGUGAAUGGGUUCACGAUCGAUUCGAAGAGCACGACAAUCGCCGUGCGCCGGCCCCUCGACGGAGACGCGACGAGCCUGAGCAAAGGCAAGUUUUGUGCCGUAAUCCAUCCGAGCAUACGCUGAUUGGAUGUCACAGAGAUUCGAGCAGCUCGAAAAUCCGCGUCGAGAACAUCCACUACGAGUUGACUCCUGACGACUUGGAAGAAUUGUUUAACAGAAUCGGCCCUGUCGCGAAGUUGGAUCUCAAGUAUGAUCGCGCUGGUCGCUCGGAGGGCGUUGCCUUCGUCACGAUGGAGUCCCGCGAGGAUGCUUUGGACGCGAUCAAGCAGUUUGACGGUGCUAAUGCUAACGGCCAACCCAUCAAACUGUCAAUCAUUGGCGGUGGAGCCGGCGGUCGAUCUCGCAACCCCUUUGACUCGGCGGUGAUGCCGGGCCGUCCACUUGCAGAGCGAAUCUCUGCUCCCGGCGGUCGCUCGAGAUCCAUGUCCCCUGGACGAAGAUACGAUGUCGACGAGGCUGCUGAGAGAGGCAUUGACAGAUACGUCCCCGGAAGCCGUGGAAACCGUUCGCGAAGCCCUAUGCCCCGCCAGCGCGGAAACGGUGGCGGUGGUGGCGGACGCAGACCUGGAGCUCGCAGAGAAGGCGGUAGAGAUGGUGGCAGAGACGGUGGUAGAGAUGGCGGCAGAGACCAAGAAGGUGGAAGAGGUGGCCGCUCGGGUAGAGACGGUCGUACUCGGAAGACACAGGAGGAACUGGAUGCCGAGAUGGCUGACUACUUUGGCGGAGGCAACUCCGGAGAGGCUGCGCCUCAGCCGAACGGUGGCGCUGCCGCUGCCGCGGUCCCCGCCGCGAACGAUGAUAUCGAUAUGAUCGAGUAA